AUAAAUAUGAAGGCAUCUCUUUUGUCACAUCGCAAUUUGCUCCAAAACGGUACAAAGAAAACAGUAUCCGAAGCAAACAAAUGACAGAAACACUUCAUUUUUGCUCUCCUUCAUUAUAUCAAAUCCCUACAAUCUUCUCGAACACUCUCCCUUUGAUUUCUAGUUUUUUCCUGAAAUCUUAACUCGGUGUUCGUCGUCUCAGAUUGCGUUAAUUACACUUAAACAAUGGAUUUUCGACUUCAAAAACCAUUUCAUGUUCUACAAUCACUAAUGCUACUGGUAUUUGCUUCGCAGUUGCAGAAACCGUCGUAUGCAAACACCGCGCCGUUAAAUUGCACCGAAACAUCCCGUCUGUGUACAUCUUUCUUAGCAUUUAGUCUAUCGCCGAACCAAACCCUAGCAGUUAUCAUGAGCAUGUUCGAUGUGUUGCCGCAAGAUGUUACACUUGAAGGUAACGGCAGGGAUUACAUAUUUGUUAGGAAGAAUUGUUCGUGUUCUAAUUCUCCUGUUCCGAAGUACUUGACGAAUACGACAUAUACUGUGAGGAAAGACGGGCGAUCUCUGUACAGGAUGGUGGUUGAUGCUUACGGCGGAUUGGGCUAUCUGCCGUAUUUCACAAGGCCGGCGCGUGCAGGAGCAGUGGUGUCAUUGCAGUUGUUUUGUGGCUGUUCGAAUGGGCUGUGGAAUUAUCUGAUGAGUUACGUGAUGAAGGAAGGGGAUAGCAUCGAGUUUUUGGCAAGUAGAUUUGGUGUUAGUAUGGAUAGUAUUGAAACCGUUAAUGGGAUCGAAAAUUCAGAUAACGUCACCGUCGGUGCACUUUAUUACAUACCUUUAAAUUCAGUUCCCGGUGAGCCAUAUCCUAUUGAGAACGACACUCCUGCUCCUGCUCCACCAUCCCUUUUUGUUGCAGGAAAUCAUAAGGCUCGUGUACCAUAUGGAUGGAUAGUAGCUAGUUUGGGGGUUGGUUUGGCACUAAUCAUAGCAGUCACAGGUUUUCUUGUCUACUCAAGAUCAUCAAUUUGCUUUGAUGAUGCUCAAGGGAAUCAUGGAAAGGAUUCAAAAAUUGAAAAGAUUUCUCAUAAGUUCCGUAUCUUACAGACAACAAGCUUUUGUUGUGGUUCAAGAAAGGAUGAUUGGAGAGAAAAUGUGGGGGAAUCUAGUGAACGUCGUAUGAACAUUCCAAAAGUUAUUGGGACUGAUGUGUUUGAUGUAGAGAAGCCUGUUGUUUUCCUAUAUGAAGAAAUUUUUUCGGCUACAGACGGUUUUUCAGAAUCCAAUCUUCUUGGUCUUGGGACAUAUGGUGCUGUGUACCAUGGUCUGCUUCGUGACCAGGAAGUUGCUAUCAAAAGAAUGACCGAAACAAAAACUAAGGAGUUCAUGGCAGAGAUGAAAGUAUUGUGCAAGGUUCAUCAUACAAAUUUGGUAGAACUGAUCGGUUAUGCCGCUAGCGAUGAUGAGCUCUUCCUCAUUUAUGAAUAUGCUCAGAAAGGUUCCUUGAAAAAUCACUUGCAUGAGCCUCAAAACAAGGGUAAUCCGACGCUUUCUUGGAUUAUGAGGGUUCAAAUUGCACUUGACACCGCAAGGGGGCUGGAAUACAUACACGAACAUACUACACCUCAUUAUGUGCAUCGUGAUGUCAAAACAAGCAAUAUUUUACUCGAUAGUGCUUUCAAAGCCAAGAUCUCAGACUUUGGGUUGGCAAAACUUGUUGGAAGAAGUAACGAGGAUGAAGCUUCAGUGACAAGAGUGGUUGGAACUUACGGUUAUUUAGCUCUUGAGUACCUGAGGGAUGGUUUAGCGACAGUUAAGAGCGAUGUAUAUGCAUUUGGUGUUGUUCUUUUUGAGAUAAUAUCAGGAAAGGAUGCCAUAAUACAAACCGAAGCUGCUGUGUCAAAAAAUUCAGAGAGGCGAUCGUUGGCAUCUGUUAUGUUGGCAGCUCUCAAGAAUGCACCCGAGUCUAUCACUACAUCGAGCUUUAAAGAUCAUAUUGAUCCCAAUUUGAUGGAUUUAUAUCCCUACGACUGUGUUUUCAAGAUGGCUAUGCUGGGAAAGCAAUGCGUGGAGGAUGAUCCGGUCUUACGACCUGACAUGAAGCAAAUUGUUAUUUCCCUUUCACAUAUUCUUUUAUCAUCUGUGGAAUGGGAAGCUACACUUGCUGGAAAUAGCCAGGUAUUCAGUGGCCUUGUUCAAGGUAGAUAG